GUUAGUGGUUAGCGGGUGUACGAAUGGCAGUUACGGAUAACACGACACAGUUGUUUCCCAAGUCAUUCAUUUACGUGUCUAGUCUAAAUGUCGGAAGUUAAGGUUGGAAUUAUUGGAGGUUCUGGAUUCGACGAUCCAGAUUUAUUACAAGAAGCAAAAGUGCGAACAGUAACUACUCCAUUCGGAAAUCCAUCAAGUUUUCUUACUGAAGGUUUUGUUGAAGGUGUCCCGUGUGUUGUGCUUCCCAGGUCUGCAAUUGAUCAGUCUCUUAUCGGCAUAUGUGCAUCAUGUAUGGAUUGCCUCGAUAUUGCGUUAAUUCACAAACGUUAUAAGCAAAGAUGGAUGAUGGGUAGCAAUUGAAUCCAGGACGCACGUUUCGUCCUAUUUAUGACUUGUCAGCUGGAUUAUUAUUUUUUAUGCUCUGUUCGUUUAUACUUCUCCACCCCCUCCCAUCUUUUUUUAUUAACCCUUCGUUGUCCAGUCAUCUUAUUACGUAAUCAUUUAAUUUUUAUUUCAGUUUGUAUAUAUAUCGUUUACCUAUUUCCCACUAUGAAGUAUCGAUUCAAUCCUUCGUUAUUCUUAUCACAACUAGUACACGUGUCAUCACAAUAUCAAUUCGUAUUUUUCACUUAUUAUGUUUAUUUAUGUAAUCUAUUCGACUGUUAUCACUGACAUCAACUAACUGCCUUGAUUGGUUUAAUAAUUUCAUAUAUGUAUAUAAAAAUUACUUUAGAUUAGAGUAAUGCCUGAUUAGGAUGUAAUCGAAAACAGUAUUGUUCACUUAUAUAUAUUGUUUUAAUUCACAAUAUAGGAAUUUAUCAGAUCUUGACUUUGUUCAGAAAGAAGUCACCGAACCUUUACACUAAUUAUACGGUAUUUUUGUCGAAUGUGAACAAUCCUGUGAGUACAUCAACGAUCAGUGCAAACAGUAUUCAGUAAACCUGAAGUAUAUUGUUGAACGACGUUGAGGUGCUAAGCGUUUCGGCCAUUUAGGAGAUGCCGAAGGUUAAUGAAUGACUUAUUAUGAGACGAGUAGGAUCAGGAUAUGCUUUUAGGAUUCAUGCAUUGGAGUCUACGUCAGUUUGUGAUGAAAAUCUCAACCCUAACACUCAAUUGUAAUUCACAACACAAAUUCCUAACCUUAUUUUGAUAAUUGUUUCACAACUUACCUCGUUUUUCAUUGGUUCGGUUGUAUACUGUAAGUUAGCCCAUUAUUCUAACACCUUCAGCUCGAAAAUACCAGGUUUAACAAACGUUGAUCAGAACCACUCGCACUACAACGUUUUGACGCAACACUGAUCGUUUAAUAGCACCAAAGCUGGCGCACUUUACCAUAAAUAAUUUUGGCUGUUGUUAUAUGAAACUGAUUUUUUUUUCAUCUAUGACAAUUAUUCACCGAAUCUCUUAUCAAUCUUGUAGAAGCACUUUACAUGAAUAAAAAUUGCAUCCAAACAUUAGUUGUGUAACCUAAGUGGCAAAUAUUUUCAUUUCAGUUAGAAAAAAUAGUAUUAUAAUUCUUUUCGAAUCUUCAAAACUGUUAGGUCCAAGUUCUUUCACUACUUUAAUUGUUUAACGAAAUGGUACACAUUGAUAUUCGUGCACAUUUAGUUGUAAAUGACUUGGCCGACUGACUAUAAAGGUUUAAAUUUUUCAGGAAGAUUGGUGUUAGUAAGGUUAGCCAUGUGAAUACUUAAUGACUUUGAUUAGUGUCCAACUAGAGAGCUAUUAUCAUUUGUACUGAAUUCGGCAUGCAAAAUGUAUGCUGAACUAACCAGUUAUUGGAUCUCCCUUUUAGUGAACUGUCUGUAUACCUGACCAUCAAGCGUCAACUGAAUAUUAUCAGUCCAACAUAAUUCGUGGUCUUUGAUCAAGUGAAUCUAUUUCCAAUAUUUGCUAGAUAUUCGCCACCCAAAUCGAUGUUUCAUUUUUGAAUAAGUCCCUAUUACAUCAUAUUGUUUUCGAUUUAUUAAAAACUAAUUAUCCACAACAUCAUACCAAACAGUUUUGGAAAGCUAGCUAAAUAGUCUAAUUCCGAGAAAUGUUUGCACACAAAAUUACAUCAGCAUCUUCAAACGCUGGAUGUAUAAGUCAUUGUGAUCAUUCAUGUAUAAUUACAAAGGUAUUUUGAAGCUUAAUGCAACAAUUAUCUAUACUGGAUCUUUGGAACUCUACACAAAGCUUUAAAAAUAUUUACACCUAAACUUACAUGUUAUUGAAAUGAAUGUUAGUUCUUAGUGUAUAGGUAAUUUUUUGCGUGAUGAAAGCUAACGACUUCUCUGUUCGAUAACACUAAUAUGGAUUAUGAAUGACUUGAUCACUUUUGUCUUGCAGGCAUGGAAAGGAGCAUUUACUUCCGCCAAGUGAGAUCAAUUAUCGGGCCAACAUUUGGGCGUUAAAAGAACUUGGGUGUACUCACAUAUUAGCCACUAACGCUUGUGGUAGUCUUCAGAAAGACAAAAAACCUGGUGAUUUCGUUGUUCUUAACCAGUUUUACGAUAAUACUCGAAAUCGAGAGCUUACGUUUUAUGGAAGUGGGCCUGGUUCACUGAAAGGAGUCUUACAUAUGCCGAUGGCAGACCCAUUUUGUGAAGAAACACGUCAGGUUCUAAUCAAAGCAGCUAAAAAUCUAUCACUGACUAUUCGUGAUAAAACGUGUAGUUCAGAUACAAUUAUCAAUCAUCCGUGUGUACAUACUGAAGGUUCUGUAAUCACGAUUAAUGGCCCACGUUUCUCAACUCGUUGCGAAUCAUUGUUAUUCCAAAAAUGGGGUUUCGAUUUGAUCAAUAUGACAUUAGUUCCUGAAGUUUCUUUAGCUCGUGAAGCUGGAUUAAGUUAUGCUUCUAUAGCAAUUGUUACAGAUUUUGAUUGUUGGAAAGCAGAUGAGGAACACGUCUGUGUUGACAUGGUCUUGGAACAGUUUAAUAAAAGUGUUGGUCAAGUUAGAAAACUCUUAUUAGAAGCUGUAAGACUGAUUGGUGCUCGUGACUGGACAAAAACUAUUGAAGCAAAUAAGGCGCUAGUGUUGAGCUCACGUCAAGACUUACUUCGUCAAGAAAGUAAAGGCAAAUAAAUAUGAGGUUAAUUGGAAUUUACUGUCUGUGUAUUCAGUUACAUGAAUAAACAAAGUUCAGUCUACUCUUUUUCAAUUGAAUAAUUCAAAGGACA